UAGUGGUAACAAUAAUAGUAGAAAUAGUAAGCGUAAUCGCAGCGCCUACCGUUUUCCCGAGGUGAAUAAUCACUUUGUUGAGAUUAAAGAGAGAGAAACAGAAUUAUCAUUAUAUGCCUACAUGAAAUAAUCCGGUGCUUUUUUUUUUUUUUACCGGCGACUGGUUGCCGAUGAGGUCGUACCCUUGUCCGGGCAGCGCACUCCAUUCGAACCAGUCGGUCAGCAGGUCGACCUUCGUUCGACGGUAUUCCGGAAAGGACCUUGAUCCGUUUUACGUUAAUAUUUUUAUCAUAUCACCUCUACGGCGGCGACCACGAUGACGGCGUAAAUCACCCAUUCACUCUGUGACCGUGUCGCCGUACACACGCACGUCGAACCGAAAACCAACGAGAAACGAAAGACCAUGAGUGCCAAAUCUGACAUCGGACUUAUUGGCUUGGCCGUAAUGGGCCAGAACCUCAUACUUAACAUGAACGAUCACGGAUUUAUCGUCACGGCCUACAAUAGAACCGUCCAGAAGGUAGACGAGUUCCUCAGCAAAGGGGCUAAAGGCACCAACAUCGUUGGCGCACACUCUCUCAAGGAACUGGUCAACUCGUUGAAAAAACCACGAAGAGUCAUGAUGCUUGUCAAAGCUGGAAGUGCUGUUGAUGACUUUAUUGCUCAACUCGAACCUUUGUUGGAAGAAGGUGAUAUUAUUAUUGAUGGUGGUAACUCUGAGUAUCAGGAUUCCCAACGUCGAACCAAAACACUUGCCCAAAAAGGUUUGUUGUUUGUUGGUUCUGGUGUAUCUGGUGGUGAAGAAGGAGCACGAUAUGGUCCAUCAUUGAUGCCUGGUGGGAAUCCAAAAGCUUGGCCACAUAUUAAGGACAUUUUCCAAAGUAUUUCUGCUAAAGUUGAUGGUGAACCUUGCUGUGAUUGGGUUGGUGAGGAUGGUGCUGGUCAUUUUGUGAAAAUGGUUCACAAUGGUAUUGAAUAUGGAGACAUGCAACUUAUCUGUGAAGCAUACCACUUGAUGAAAUCAGCAUUGAAUAUGAAUCACAAAGAAAUGAGUUUGGCUUUUGAAGAAUGGAACAAGGGUGAAUUGGACUCAUUUUUGAUUGAAAUCACAAGGAAUAUACUGCAGUUUAAAGAUGACAAUGGAGAAUAUUUAGUUGAGAAAAUUCGUGAUUCAGCUGGCCAAAAGGGUACUGGAAAAUGGACUGCAAUCUCUGCAUUGGAUUAUGGUAUACCAGUCACGUUGAUUGGAGAAUCUGUGUUUGCUCGCUGUCUUUCUUCUUUAAUUUCUGAGAGAGCAGAAGCUAGUAAAGUUCUCAAAGGACCAACAGAAUCCUUCAAUGGUGAUAAACAAGCCUUCUUAAAAGAUAUUGGAAAGGCCUUAUAUGCAUCCAAAAUUGUAUCCUAUGCUCAAGGAUUCAUGUUGAUGCGUGAAGCCGCUAAAAUUCAUGGAUGGAACUUAAAUUAUGGAGGAAUUGCACUUAUGUGGCGUGGAGGAUGUAUCAUUAGAAGUGCAUUUUUGGGAAAAAUUAAACAAGCCUUUGAACGUGAUUCAAAUCUUACAAAUUUACUGCUUGAUCCAUUUUUCAAGAAUGCUAUACAUGACAGUCAAGUUGCUUGGCGCAAAGUGGUUGCCACUAGUGCAACAAUAGGAAUACCCACACCAGCUUUCAGUACGGCUUUGGCCUUUUAUGAUAGUUAUAGAAGUGCUAGGCUUCCGGCCAAUUUAUUACAGGCUCAACGUGAUUAUUUUGGUGCUCAUACAUACGAGCUGUUGACAGCUCCCGGAAAAUAUAUUCAUACCAACUGGACUGGUACAGGUGGAGAUGUGUCUGCUAGUACAUAUAAAGCUUAAAUGUGACCAACGAUAUUUGUUAAAUUAUUUAAUUUAUAGGGACCAAAAAUGGAAAAUAAAUAUAAAUUAUAAAACACUCCAAUUCA